GGCGCCGAGACCGUCGGGAACGCCAGCGUGGGUCUUAUUGAAUUUUCUGUGGGGAAAUUUAGAUACUUCAAGCUCAACAGACCCUUUCCAGAGGAAGCUAUUUUGCGUAAUAUUUCCAGCAAUGUGACUUUUCUUAUUUUCCAAAUACACUCACUGUAUCAGAAUACAACCAUUUCUUUUUCUAAGACUCUCCUUCCCAGUACCUCGGGAACAGGCACUGACAAAGGACUGGUUUUCAUUCUUAGACCAGAGCAGAGUAUGUGCUUUUGGUAUUUGGAGACUUCAGAUGCUGAGCCUGUCCAAAAUAUGGCCAUUCCACUCUCCUACUCAGAAAGAGAUCCUAUUCCUGGAGGCUGUAAUUUGGAGUUUGAUUUAGAUAUUGACCCCAACAUUUACUUGGAGUAUGAUUUCUUUGAAACAACUAUCAAAUUUGCCCCAGCAAACCUAGGCUAUGCAAGAGGCACAGAUUCUCCGCCAUGUGACACGAGGACGGGGCAGGAUUCUAGGUGGAGGUUGCAGUAUGAUGUCUAUCAGUAUUUUCUGCCCGAGAAUGACCUCACUGAAGAGGGGUUGCUGAAGCAUCUGCAGAGGAUGGCCGAAGUGCCUCAGGUGACGGCCAAUGCUAUUAAGAUGGUUACUCUAACAGCUAAUGAUAAGACAAGUGUUUCCUUCUCCUCCCUCCGGGGACAAGGUGUCAUUUAUAAUGUCAUUGUUUGGGACCCAGUUCUCAAUACAUCUGCUGCUUAUGUUCCUGCUCACACAUAUGCUUGCAGCUUUGACGCAAUGGAGGGUAAUUGUUCUUCUCUUGGAAGAGUAUCGACCAAAGUGUUUUUCACUCUUUUUGCCCUGCUUGGUCUCUUCAUUUGUUUCUUUGGACACAGAUUCUGGAAAACAGAAUUAUUCUUCAUAGGCUUUAUCUUCAUGGGAUUCUUCUUUUAUAUACUGAUUACCAGACUGACACCUAUUAAGUAUGAUGUUCGUCUGGUUCUGACAGCCAUCGCCGGAAGUCUUGGUGGGAUUUUCUUGGUAGCUGCUUGGUGGCGAUUUGGCAUCCUCACGCUCUGCAUGCUGUGUGUUGGAUUAGUGCUGGGCUUCUUCAUCUCUUCAGUGACUUUCUUCACUCCGUUGGGAAACCUAACAGUAUUUAGUAAUGAUGCUGUGUUCUGGGUGACCUUCUCUUGUAUAGUUGUUCUCAUUCCAGUAAUUUUCAUGGGCUGCCAAAGAAUACUGAACAUCCUGACUUGUGGAUUCAUUGGCUCCUAUUCGGUGGUCUUGGCCAUUGACAGUUACAUGUAUACAAGUCUUUCUUACAUCGCUUUGAAUGUACUCAAGAGAGCACUCAGCCCUCAUUUCCGCAGAGCUUUCACAAAUGUGCCUUUUCAAACUAAUGACUUUAUUAUCCUGGCAGUAUGGGGCAUGCUAGCUGUCAGUGGAAUUACGUUGCAGAUUCGGAGAGAAAGAGGGCGACCCUGUUUUCCUCCUCACCCGUACAAGUUAUGGAAACGAGAGAGGGAACGCAGAGUGACCAACAUCCUGGAUCCCAGCUACCACAUCCCUCCAUUGAGAGAGAGGCUCUAUGGCCGAUUAACCCAGAUCAGAGAGCUCUUCCAGAAGGAGCAGCCAGCUGGAGAGAGAACACCCCUGCUUCUGUAGAUGCCAACAGGCUUGGUCACUGUGAUCCUGAAGAACACAGGCACUGCCGCAGCUUUGGUGUUUGUGCCCAGCCUGCUUCAGCCAUCUCCAGUGCAAGUCUAAUAAGAAAACAGGCUUGUGUAUCUAUGUGCGGUGUCCUUACCGAUGCAUGGAGAUUAUAAUUCUAAGUGAUGAAAAGAUGACCAAAAAAUGGGUGAUAGGGAAGCUUUUCCUUAUUCCAAAAUACUUGAGAAAUUACCUCUUGGUUUACAUGAUCAACUUGUUCCAUUAAAUAGACACACACACACACACACACACACACACACACACACACGCACACACACACACACACACACACACACACACAAAUUAAAAAACUGAUUCUCACAUAAAGCCGUGGUGUUUUCUUUUUACAAGUCCUGGAAAAUUUCUCACACUUUAGUCCGUCUAAACCUGGGGGGCAGGGGCACAGAGGAUGGUUUGAGUGUUAGACUGAGUUUUUUGCUACUGUUUAGAGAUUUAGGGAUUUGAUACUGGGUCUUUGAACUUCUGAGUACAAAAGGAGAACUAACUUAAAAAGUCUGAUUACUUAAUUGCAUCUCUCUUAGUAUCAAAUAGUAACAAAAGGUGUCAUUCUUUUGCUUAUUUUUGUGAUAAAAAACACAUUUACCAUAUCAUUUUAAAUGUAUAGUUUUUGCUUUUUUAUUGUUUAAAAUGGUAAUUUAAAUAGCUAAAUUAUUUCAAUUUGAAAAUAGAUCUAAUUUAUAUAGAUAACAGAACUUUUAUAUGGAUGAUUAAUUUAUAUUCCAAAUAAUGGCCUGGUUUUUUUUUCUGGCCCUUUAAAAGAGUAUUGAUAGCUGAUCUCUAAUUUAAACCAUAUUAAGUGACAUGAAUUUUUGUUUUGUUAAUCUUUACCUGCAUUUUGUAGUUCUUUCGGCUAAGUUAGUUAUUAGCAUUGAUGUAAAAUACAAUUUCAAAAAAACCUCUAUAUGAAGCCCUUUGUACCAUCUGUGUUUUAAAGUGAUGAGGAAGUCAAAGCACUCAGUGUUUAAUGGAGCUACGUUUGAAGUAGAGGUUUGGCAUUUGUAAGGAAAGUCCCUUCAGUUUUAACUUUUUUUUUUUUUUUUCCCUUCAGUUUUAAAUUUUUUUUUUUUUUUUUUUAACCUGGGUGCCCUGGGCUGGAUAGCUGCUCCUCAUGGCCUUUUAACUGUCAGAGCCUCUGCCACCAGCUCUGCCUGGGACUUGACAUGUCUGAGUGACAGGGUGGUUGUAUGCACAUUUGUGAGUUAACCACCAUUUGAAAUGAUGCUGCUUUAGAGUUUUUUCAAAGCACAAUAGAUUUUUGAAAUUUUGGGUAGCUGGAAAAUUUUCAACUUUUACUUUUGAAAGUGUCUUGGAAAUGAUUUAUUCUGUAAUCCACACUAUUUAUAUAACCGCAGUAACACUUAAACUUCAAGGAAAUUUUUUUUUAUAAUUCACCGUAGGGAUUCUGACUUCUGCCAUAUCUUGGUAUAUUCUAACAAAGUUAUACAAAAUGUUUGUGAGUUAUUUUCUAUACCAUCAAAACGCACUGCCAGUGAAGAUUGUAAAGAUACAACACACUUUUUUGGAGGGGGAUACAAAUUGUUAAAAUUUAUGUUAAUUUGUGAGUAAUAAAAAGCUCGUUUGUACAAUUUUUUAAUAAAUUCCUAUUUUGAAAAAAA